GAACGCCAUCUUGAAUUCGAUAGGUGAAAGUAGUAGGGUUUAUCGGGAAAAUAUCGUGUUAAUAUAGUGCCAUCGGAGGCACAUUUACACCUGUUUCUCUGUAGAAGAGCCUAAAGAUGGCUUCUACAGACGGUAAGCUGUCUACGACGGAAAGGAUAGUCAAAAGUGUUCCCUUCCCUCCUAGUCAUAAGCUUACCAUGAGUGAAGUAUUUGAUGCCAAAGGAAAACCAAGACCUGAUGUGUUAAAACAACAUUUUAUAUUAGAAGGACGUGUAACUGAAGAUGUAGGAAUUAGAUUAAUUAAUGAAGGAGCUGCUAUAUUACGUCAGGAAAAGACAAUGAUUGAAAUUGAAGCACCUGUCACAGUAUGUGGGGAUAUACACGGUCAGUUUUAUGAUCUAAUGAAAUUAUUCGAAGUGGGUGGCCCACCCUCAACAACUCGCUACCUCUUCCUAGGAGACUAUGUAGAUAGGGGUUACUUUAGCAUAGAGUGUGUAUUAUACUUAUGGGCUUUGAAAAUAUUGUAUCCUAACACAUUUUUUCUAUUACGUGGAAAUCAUGAAUGUAGGCAUUUAACAGAAUAUUUCACAUUUAAACAAGAAUGUAAAAUUAAGUACACAGAAAGAGUAUAUGAUGCGUGUAUGGAAGCCUUUGACUGUCUGCCAUUAGCAGCUUUAAUGAAUCAACAGUUUAUCUGUGUUCACGGUGGAUUAUCACCAGAAAUACAUACUUUAGAAGAUAUUAGAAAGUUGGAUAGAUUUAAAGAGCCACCUGCGUUUGGUCCCAUGUGUGAUUUAUUGUGGUCUGAUCCAUUAGAGGACUUUGGUAAUGAAAAAACAUCUGAACAUUUCACACAUAAUACUGUCAGAGGUUGCUCAUAUUUCUAUAGCUAUGCAGCAUGUUGUGAUUUCUUACAACAAAACAACUUGUUGUCUAUUAUUAGAGCACAUGAAGCCCAAGAUGCUGGGUAUCGAAUGUAUAGGAAAAGUCAAACAACCGGUUUUCCAUCUUUAAUAACUAUAUUUUCAGCACCUAAUUAUCUAGAUGUUUAUAAUAAUAAGGCUGCCAUUCUUAAAUACGAAAAUAAUGUAAUGAAUAUUCGACAGUUUAAUUGUUCUCCACAUCCGUACUGGUUACCUAAUUUCAUGGAUGUAUUUACAUGGUCUCUACCAUUCGUAGGAGAAAAAGUAACUGAAAUGUUAGUUAAUAUAUUAAAUAUUUGUUCUGAUGAUGAAUUAAUGACAGAAGGAGAUGAGAAUGUUGAUGUCGCAGCAGUAGAAGCAAGAAAAGAUGUUAUCAGAAACAAAAUUCGAGCCAUUGGCAAGAUGGCUAGAGUGUUCACAGUUCUACGAGAGGAGAGUGAAAGUGUUCUACAAUUAAAGGGAUUAACACCAAACGGUUUACUGCCACUGGGAGCAUUGUCUGGUGGUAAAGAAACAUUAAGUACUGCUUUAAGUGGAUUUGAUCCAACGCACAAAAUUAGUGGAUUUGAAGAAGCCAAGUGUUUGGAUAAAAUGAAUGAACGUAUGCCACCACGAAAAGAGAACCUGAAUACAAACAACAAAGAUAAAGCAUAAUAAAACAACCAUAUUAAAUAAUGUCUGGAUAUCGAGGACAACUUGUGAAGUCCUGAUCUAUCAGUCACUUGUGCGCCACAGGAAGCUGGCUUCCUUGCUUAUUGACACGUACUUGAUAAAUGUAGAUUUUUUUUUAAAAAAUUAUUUACCUUUUGAUCUCGCCAAGGUGUAAUUUAUUUUUCUUAUUUAAAAUUUUAUUUGAGAGUCUAAAUUGUUGAAAGUUAAGUUAUUUGUUUCUCCCCUUUUGUUAUUUUUGUGCUAAAAAUGUCCUUCCAGAAUUUGUGAUAAGGAAUGUUUCUCUACCCUUUAUCUAGUCAUCCUAUCAGGGGACAUAACUCCUAUAUAUAUAUAUAUAUAUAUUAGGAGGGGCAGCUUUCUGGGCAACAGUGACUGGAUAAAUAUCAAGAAGAAAUAAGAGGUCAGAUGUGGAAUCACGUGACAAGAUGUUCUGGUGCCAAAUAACCAGUGUUACCAAAUCUACCUGUUUCUUUGACCUAUUUCUUUAUUCCUGAAUUAAAUGGCUGGAUGUUGCUUAGAUGGUUUCCUACCUUAACGUAAGGAUUACACUAUAAUAAAUGUAAGAUGUGGUUUAUCAACGUUGUUAACCCCUACUGUGAUGGUAUGAACUCAAAAUACAUGUGUUUUUUCUUUCUCUAGUGUUAUAUAUAAUAAUUCAUGAGUGACAAUUCUUGUGAACCCUCUAAAUACGCCCGAAUAUGAACAUAAAAAUCUGGCAUUGCUCAGCUGUGAAAUAAAAUACUGUGGAGUACCUUCUACAUUUUUUGGGAUUUAUUUUUUUUAGUGGCUUGUUCAUCUGUUAACAGGAGAGCAAAUGAUUUCUGCUGUUCUGUUUCUGAUAUAGAUUUUAUUCCUUGUUAAUUCUAGUUUCCCACUUUACACCUGCUUGUUUCAUAUUGAUAAUAAUUCUGUAUUAUAAAUUUAUGGUGGUGUUUUUUUUUAAGAAAUUUCCUACCUUUUCUGUGUAUUGUAAGAAAUUUAAAGCGUUUAUUUCCAUUGUGUUUAUAUUGCACAAGCAUUACUAGCACAUAUUUCCAACAUUUCCACUCUUUCAUCUACUUCUAAAUUAAGAUAAAAACACACAAAAAAAAAAAGUUUCAAUUGAAGUUUUUAGAGAAUUGAACAAUUUCAUGCUUUAGCUACUAUCUUCUGAAACAUCAAUUAAACAAGAAGAGGUGUAAUUAUAUUUCUAUGAAUAUCCAGAAUAGCACACUCUCUGGUCAGUGGCAAUGCAGCCCAACUAGCCAUCUGUCUCAAUAUCAAUGUCAACUAUUGAACAAAGCUAAGAUAAUAAUACCAGUGGGUGCAUAAAUAUGAUAUAUAAGAUAAUAUAUACUAUAAAGAUCUGAAAAUAUAAGCAUACAUUUCUUUAAAAACUACAGUUGUGAUAUAGUUGUUUAUUUCCAUUUAGUGCUACCUGAUUAUUUCCCUUAAAGUCUUUUGAACAAAGAAUCUGUUCAGACGAUAUAACUAUAUGAUAUAUAUUAUAAAUACUAUAAAUAUAUAUAUAUGAAUGUAUGAAUGAACUGAGCAAUUAUAAACUUUUAUCUAUUUUGUAUGAGUGAUGAAAUAACUGCUAUUAUCCUAUUGAAGCUGCCGUGGUUUAUGGCAUCGUUAGAGAUCUGUUUUAUCCUAGAUAUCUGUAAUGGAUUGAAGGGUUAUUCUUUGUUUAAUUUAACUGUUCUUCCCUGAGAUGGCAGUUACUUAAAAUAUCCCAACUGCUAUAUCAGGUUUUUCAUGUAUGUUUGUUGUAUUUUACUGGAGCAUUUUUUCCAGUGUUCUAUAUAUAUGUUAUUAAAUCCCAUUCCCAUUUUAAACCUUGAUAUUUUCCUAUGAGAUCACAUUUAUAUCCCCUUGUUUGCUCAUUAUCUGUCAAAACUUAUGGAUUAUACUCCAUUUCUAAUGUUUUAUACCUUCUCCAGCUUUUUGCAUUUCACAAUAAAGCUUUUUGUAUUUUUCAUCUGUAGAUGUUAGAAUUGAAUUUUACAUUUUUCUUAGAACUGUAAUAUCACAUGAUUUCAUUAAAAUUGACACUUUGCAUAUUUUUGAAAUAUCCAACAAAUUACUCACUAAUAUUUUUUUUCCCUAAUUUUUUUUUGAUAUUUGAAUGUAGUUGUUGAGCAUAGUUAAAUAUUGAGAGUAGGUAUUAUGUUUUUUUUUUUUUUCAUUCCCAAUCUCCCCUCACUUUUCAGGUUAAAUGUUGACUCUUUGAGCUUAUUUUUCGUGUCUUUUACUUAUUAAUUAAUUCAUUUAUUUAUCUUAAAAGUAUUUUGUCUUAAAAAAGUUCAGAAAAGCCAGCUUUCCUACUAAAUUCUUAAAACAGGUUGAAAACAGCAAAUUCACAACAUAUACAAAGGCUGGUUACUUCAUUUUUCUAAUAUAUUUGAAUUUUUUUUUUCUAAAAAGACCUUCAUCAGAUAUACAUGUAGAUAAUAUUGGGAAUGUUGAUUAAAAUAAAAUUGGAUAGUUUAGUUAGUGAUCUUAUACUUUUAUCAGCCUUGGUUUACUCAAAAGAUUUUAUGUCACAAAUAAGAAAAUUUUACUGUUUGUUUUCCUGUAAACUAAGUUUUGAUUUUUUGUGAAACAAGAGUAAAUCAAGCUGUGAUCAACGGAAAUCUCUUACUGAAAUAUGAGUACUUACAUUAUGACAUUGGUGCAAAACUAGCGAAUUAAAUCAAAUGGCUUUGAAAAUAAGAACAAACAAAUGGGAUUUAAAAGAAUAUGUGUUAUAAAAAAAAAAAAAAAAAAGGAGGUAAAGUUAUUCUAAAUAGACUAUUUUCAGGUGUAAUAUGAUAUACUUAAAUACAAAUUUGGUUUGAAAAAAGAAAUACAUCACUUUGCAACAUUGUUUUUCUAAAAGUUAACAAUCCAUUUUGCAGUACCAAAUUCCUACUUUAGAAUUAUUUACUUCAAGCUGUAACAGAGGCUUAUGUCUCCACUUUCACAUGAAAACCAUGUUGCUAUAAAAUGGCCAAUCAUAAGUGAAAAAUCUACCAAAGUUACUAGUUGUCAAGGAAUCCUUGUGUUAAAACUUAUAUUGAACAAAUUUGUGUUUAUUUAUUUGCAGAAUUUUCAACUUUUCUUAUUUUGUUUACUUUGUCAGUUGUCUAAAACAUUGUUGUAAAUCAUGCAUGUAUUCAUAAUUGUACAAUUUGUGUUAAAAAUUAAAUUUUAAAAAAGCCAAGAAAAAUUUAAUUAAAAGUUUUAAUUA